AUGGCUCUUUCCAAACACAUUGAUCCUGAUCAAUUGAUCCAUGAUCUCCACGAUCACCCUUCCCAAGCUCACCGGCACCAUGUCCACGUCAAGAAUUCCAUCUCAACAAUCACCCCAUACUCCUCUCGCUACGCAUCGCAGUCUGAAAUAAGCAAAUACGUCAUCCCACAGGAUGGAGCCCCCGCUGAUGCAGUGCGCCAAAUGUUGCAGGACGAGCUUGAUCUCGAUGGACGGCCCAAUCUCAACCUCGCCUCCUUCGUGGGCACGUACAUGGAACCAGAGGCUGAGAAGCUCAUGAUUGCUAAUCUAAGUAAAAACAUGAGCGAUGCAGAUGAGUACCCGGCAAUGAUGGCAAUGCAUGCUCGCUGCGUCAGUAUCAUCAGCCAUCUCUGGGGUGUCCAGAAAGGCGAGACUGCUGUUGGAACAGCCACUACUGGAAGUAGUGAGGCUAUCCAUUUAGGAGGUUUAGCUAUGAAGAGGCGUUGGCAGGAGAAGAGAGACAAAGAAGGCAAGGAUAAAAGUAAGCCCAACAUCAUCAUGGGGGCUAAUGCGCAGGUGGCUUUGGAGAAGUUUGCGCGAUAUUUCGAGGUCGAAGCCAGGAUCCUGGAUGUGAGUGAGGAGAGCGGCUAUCGCCUGGACCCGGCAUUGGUGAAGCAGAACAUUGACGAAAAUACUAUUGGGGUCUUCAUCAUCCUCGGGUCUACGUAUACGGGUCAUUACGAACCAGUCGAAGAGAUAUCGAAGAUCUUAGAUGAGUAUGAGUCAAAGACCGGAGUCGAUAUCCCGAUCCAUGUCGAUGCUGCAAGUGGUGGCUUCGUUGCUCCAUUCACUAAUGCCAAAGUUGGUGGCCCGAGAUGGAAUUUUGCCCUGCCCCGUGUCAAGAGCAUCAAUACUUCCGGCCACAAAUACGGUCUUGUUUAUUGUGGCGUUGGAUGGAUUAUAUGGAGAGACCAGGCUUGCUUACCUAAGCAUCUCAUUUUCGAAUUGCACUAUCUUGGUGGUACCGAGGAGUCAUACACUCUGAACUUUUCUCGUCCAGGCGCCCAGAUUAUCGCCCAAUACUACAACCUGGUACAUCUUGGCUUCAACGGGUAUCGUGCAGUGAUGGAGAAUUGUAUGGCAAACGCGAGACUUUUGAGUAAGAGUCUAGAAGCAACCGGAUGGUAUCAGUGUGUCAGUGAUAUUCACCGGCCCAAGGGAGUACACAAGCUGCAAAGCCCGAAAGAUGUCAAAUUUGGCGAGGAGGGCGAGACGAGCGCGGACUAUAAUGCUGGGUUGCCAGUCGUGGCCUUCCAUCUCUCUGGUGCGUUCCGGAAAGAUCACCCGCACGUCAAACAAAUCAGCAUCUCCACGCUUUUGAGGGCAAAGCAAUAUAUCAUCCCCAACUAUCCGCUGCCUCCCAAGUGUGAGAAGACCGAAAUCUUGCGGAUUGUGGUGCGCGAGAGCAUGUCCCUGGAUUUGCUAGAUCGACUGAUCACCGACAUCAUCACUGUCACUGAACAAUUGCUCGACUCGGAUCCCGUUGAUCUGACCCCAUUUCAACCGGGAGCAAGCCAGGUUGGACAUCUAGAGAAACAGAUGCAAAGUCCCGAUGAUACGGAAGUAAUGACUGCAGCUACACCAAGUCUUGCAACCAAUCAGCUUGUGAACAUGUGGAAUCCGUUCAGUGGCAAGUCAGACCAGGCAAACCAGCCUCCGCCUAAUAAAUCAUACAAUCGGGGUAGCGACGGUGAAAAGCGCAGCACACGAUCGCGCGCUGAGUCCUUAACAUCGAAAGCGUCAAAGCAAAAGGCUGACGCUCAGCCUGGCGACAAACGCGAUCGAAAGAGCCGAGCUUCCACAACCAGAGCCUUCGACGAGAACGUGAGCGACCCUUUCGUGGCUUCGAGCUAUGCCACAGGCGCAAAUGACGAUGAGAGUCCUCUGCGGCAGGCAGCAGAAGUGAAAGGUGAGAAGAGAAGAAUGCCCAGAUCCGAGGAUAGUCGGGACCCAGCAGGGAGAAGUCGUGAUGAUAUGGAAGAUGGAUCUUACUCUCGGAGCGACCGCCGUUUUGAGCUUCCCUCACGGAGCAAUACAGACCCCGUACAGGUCAGGAACCAAAAAGACCCGCGCGCAACUCAAGAUCAUGACUCGCAAGAAAGACGAGAUCGAAAGGAGAGACGGCGAAAGAGCUCAGGCUCUAGCAAGAGCUCCGGUACUCGUCGAGAUACACGUAGUUCGAAGAGAGGUCCUGUUGAAUCCGAUGAUCAGGAUGACGCGGCCGUGCCCAUAAAAUAUUCCGUAAAUCCGGAUGGCAUACCUCCCAGCGUUCAAGGCCAGCCACCAUCGCAGACCAACGGUGGGCCACCGAUCAUUUCUCGACCUCCUCUGGCCGUCACUGAAGGCGGGCCUGGCCUAGCAUCUGAUUAUUACGGGGAUGCAGGGGACUCUGUCGCCCAGCAGCCAGGUGUUCGGAUUCACUCUCCCUCUCUGAUCGUUGGAGCGGAGCCACACUUACAACCAGCUUCGUCUGUGGCCGCUCCACCGCCCGAACCGAGUCAAUCAGGAGGCGUAGGGGCUGCCGCGUCCUUUUAUAGUGGUGAAUUCGACGACACAGCCUCGAUGACUACGCAGCAAACUCAAUCUGUAUACACUUCAGCACCGAGUCGUCCUCCAAAUAGCCUCCAUUCCUACUCAGCUCCUUCUACAACUACCUUAGGAAGUGGUGCCCUGGGAGGCACUGCUGGCUACAUGAUGAGUGGGGCAAUCUCAUCAAAUCACCACGAUGGAAACUCUUACUCGGCCGCAGUUGGGACCCAGGAAAAUGUAUCCUCUUCUAGACCUCCGAGGCCAACCAAGUCUUCCUCCCAUUCAUCUAACAUGCCGCUCUACGCAGCAGGUGCUGCAGGUGCUGCGGGCCUAGUAGCAGCGGCUCAUAGUACUCAUAGUCAUUCUCACCAAGACAACUCGUCUUCGCAUCAUCCAUCUUCAGCACAGCAAUACUACUCUACGCCAUCGAAGCAGCGACGUCGUCCGCAUGGACCUCUAGGCGCUAUUGUCAAUUUUGUUAGAGACCCAGAUGGGGUGGCACAAUACGAAGAAUAUUCUGAAAUUAUGGGAAUAUGUAGGAGCUGUUUUGACCCUGGCUCUACCCCUCGAGAUGCUCCACGUAAACACCGUUAUUGGAAAAGAGCCUCGAAGGAACAUCUUGGAAGCAGAAGUCGUGUCGACAAGCAGCACCGUUACUCCGCUUCAUCAUCAUCUAGUUCGGAAGAUGAAGGCCACAUGAAGAAGGACGCAUCUUGGUUCGGUGCCGGUCUUGCUGGUUACGGUCUGGGCAAAGUAGGAGAGACAUUAUUCAAUGAAAGGAACGAUUUUGAUGAUACAUACGACGUCAAGUCAGGGCGAUACUCUCCAGACCCUGGUGUUCAAAAACGUGCAAGCUCAUAUGAUCGGAUCAAAAACGAUCGCGAGGCCGAGGCGGCACUCCUAGGUCUAGGCGCCGCUACCGCAGCAUUGGCCCUCAAAGACUCUCGCUCAAGCGGCAAAGGCAAGAAAAAUGCGGUCACUGUCAAAGACUCGAAAGACAGAUCACAUGAACACGUAAAGAAUGGAAGAGCUGAGCGCUCAUCCAGCAGUCACGAGGAUGGUUGGGAAUCCGCUUCUGAGGGUGAUAUUAGCCAUGUCGACUCCGACCUCGCCUUUGGCUCCCCUUCUCGACGCAUGAGCUUGGAGUCGCUCUCCUCUCAGUCGUCUGGAACUGACAAAUGGGAUUGGCGCUGGGGCUCGAGACAAAAACGUCAGGGCUCGCAAGAUAAAAGACCAUCUGGUGAAGACAUAGGCGAGAUGAUGUCCCAUGCGAAAGCAUCCUCUUCGUAUGUAGCCUCCCCUGAUGAGUUCCAAGCCUCAACAGCCCAGAAUGCCAGUUCUGCGCCUCUGCAAUAUGUGUACCCUGUUCCGACCUCCGAUCCUGGGCGCUUUGAUAUUCAGAGAGCUGGCUCGAAUGCUUAUCAAAAUAAGCCAAUUGCCGCAUCUCAAGCGGUAGAGGUACCUAUUCAGCAGCCUCAGCCUAUCACGCCGGUAUCUGCAAAAAUAUAUAACUCUCAGGCUCCUGAAUCACAUGCUGUCACUGUGACUGAUGAUUCACCACUUUUCUCCCAACCUUUGUACUCUGAGCCAUCCGCCGAAAUUCAAAAUGCUUCAAUCAUCAGUGGGAACACCGCGUCGUCUCGCCACGUCAACGUCGGCGAAGAUAUUCCUAAUGUCCUAAAACGAAGAGAUAGUUCCCCUGCCCGCUUCAAUGAAGACGUCGUUUCUAGCGCAAUGGCUCCCAAGCGCAGAGCCUCCGCCAAAGAUGACUUGUCCACCGUCAAGUUUGCAAUGACCGAGGAAGAAGAGCAGCGAGAGAGACGUGAGAGACGUCGCAGGAGGCGAGAAGAAAGAGAAGCCGAUGAUAGCAAGCCAUCUCGCCGUAGAUCUAGCGAUGAUUCGAAAGCAGACCGUGCGUCGAGUACCAAAUACGAAGCGCAGCCUGAGCAGAAAGAAGAAGAAAAUUCUUGGAUUGCCCCUGCAGUGGGAGUCACUGCGGGAGCCGUUACUGCUGCAGUUGUUGUGGGUAUGUCAGAACGUGAAGAGACCCGGGAGGAACGCCGAGAAAGGCGACGCCGAGAGCGUCAGCGUGAGGACGAGGAGGAUACCUUAGCGAGAAGUGAACGCCGCAAGAGAAAAGAAAGGCAAAGAGAGCUGGAUAGCAUUGCUGAAGGAAAUCAACCCAAGAUCGAAGCUUAUUCCCGUGAGGAACGGGCUGCCGAUCCUCAGCACGUCGUUGAAGAAGAAACAGUAACCCCACAGACGAAGUCGGUGUGGCAAGAAGCUGGAAUCCAGAAGAAGACCGUCCAUGAGGACUAUCAAACGUUCUUUGCGCCUGCAGAGAUCCUUAGUAAAAACGCUGAUCAAACAAAAGUGUCGAAUCCUGACCCCAAUGCCGACGUCGAGCUAAGGGAUGAUGCUACUGUUUUUGAAAUAGUACCCAAAGUCGAACUCAGAAGACCAGAUGAACCUGAAUUUUCACCAGCUGACGAUCGCGAUUUGCACGUAGACUUAACUAAACUAUCGUUUCCUUGGGAAGUCCCUGAGCUAAAGCUUGUCAAUCCAACGCCACCUAUCAGCAGGACCUCGACGCCUCUUUUCGAAUCAAGUGGCGUUCCUAAAGACCGCUCCGAAGAUCAUGUUGAAGAGCCGAAAGAGUUACCGCAAGUCGAUCCAGUCACCAGAGGCAGCCCUGUUAGACCAGACGAAAGUCAAAGUCAAGGCACUUCGGGAUCGCGUAACCAUAAAGACAGUACUCACAAGGAUUUCGACCCAAGUUCUGAAAAUGUGAAUACACAAGCCACGACCGCUGAAAUGAAACCAUCUGCUAAGGUUGUAGAGAAGACCGAGCAGGCUCACACAGACGAGAAUGAUUUUGACUUCGCGGCAACACUCGCAGCGGGUGCUCAAGACGCUGGGUUUGACCCAUCAAUUGUUGUGGAUGAUCCGAACUAUCACAGACGAGACUCUCCACCAGGUUCUAAUAGUGUGCAAGGACCAGCUUCUUUCGACGAGGAAGUAUCAGCCGCAAGGAGAAAGAAAGAUAAAAAGAGGCGUAAGAAAUCAUCUCGGAAUGACACCCCACCAGAGACUUCUGCGGAGCGUAAGCGGAGUGCUGUUGUGGAUGACAUAAUCAGUCAAGUAGAGAAGCAACCCCAAGAUAGUACGCUUUCAAGCAAAGACAUAGGGGUUGCCUGGACAAAUGGACAGCCAGAUGACGACGUCUCUCCACAGGAUGACCGGCGACAAAGUUCAUCGAUUGCUAGUGAUGAGGUCACGCGCAGCAUGCACAUGGACGAUUCCGUGAGGGAACAGAGCUCUGAAAUUGGGCCGCCCACAUCCUCCGUUUCGAAGACUUCUGGUGAAAAAGAAACCAAGUCUAAAGCUAAGAAGAACAGUCUUUGGAAGAGGGUCUUCGACGUCAGCAACAAGAAUGAACCAAAUGAUGCCCCCCUGCAACUUACAACGAAAAUCCCAAAAAGGACGGCAAGGGUCAAGCUGUGGACGUCGGCCUUGUUAGCGAGGUGA